CUUUUCCGCUCCACGGUGACCUCCGUGCGGCCGGGUGCGGGCGGAGUCUUCCUCGAUCCCGUGGUGCUCCGCGACGCGGCCUUGCUCUCUUCCGGUCGCGGGACACCGGGCGUAGAGGGCGGUCGCGGCGGGCAGUGGCGGCAGAAUGUUGGCUACCAGGGUAUUUAGCCUAGUUGGCAAGCGAGCCAUUUCCACCUCUGUGUGUGUACGAGCUCAUGAAAGUGUUGUGAAGAGCGAAGACUUUUCGCUCCCAGCUUAUAUGGAUCGGCGUGACUACCCCUUGCCCGAGGUGGCCCAUGUCAAGCACCUGUCUGCCAGCCAGAAGGCCUUGAAGGAGAAGGAGAAGGCCUCCUGGAGCAGCCUCUCCAUGGAUGAGAAAGUCGAGUUGUAUCGCAUUAAGUUCAAGGAGAGCUUUGCUGAGAUGAACAGGGGCUCGAACGAGUGGAAGACGGUUGUGGGCGGUGCCAUGUUCUUCAUCGGUUUCACCGCGCUCGUUAUCAUGUGGCAGAAGCACUAUGUGUACGGCCCCCUCCCGCAAAGCUUUGACAAAGAGUGGGUGGCCAAGCAGACCAAGAGGAUGCUGGACAUGAAGGUGAACCCCAUCCAGGGCUUAGCCUCCAAGUGGGACUACGAAAAGAACGAGUGGAAGAAGUGAGAGAUGCUGGCCUGCGCCUGCACCUGCUCCUGGCUCUGUCACCGCCAUGCAACUCCAUGCCUAUUUACUGGAAACCUGUUAUGCCAAACAGUUGUACCACUGCUAAUAAAUGACCAGUUUACCUGAAA